GACCCCGGACCGCGUACUGAAGACGACUCAACAAACACAUAAAGAUUGUCUCAACACCCCCUUGAAGAUCUUUCGGGACUCCGCAAUCGUGAUGAAGGCAUGGCAGCUACGUAGCUUUCGGCCAGCGAGGCCGAGGCCACCAACAUCUCCACGGUCGCAAAAGCCAUUCUUCUUCCGAUCCAGCUCGUCGACCUCUCAGCAACGCGCCUCUGAGCGAUCAGGAACUCUUCCUCUCGUUGGCACCGCCAUAGCUACUGCUGUUGUCACUCUGCUGGCUUCUAAAGCGUGGGAUGGAACCGCGGCGCCCACCGAAGCCGAAGCCGAAGCCGCCAAGACACAGUCGGGUGGAAGAUAUGCUGAUCUCCCAACCAUGUUGAAGGCUGUCAACGAGCUGCGAAGUAUUCUAGGCGAUGAAUUUGUCAGUGUUGAUGCCGAAGACAUCGAGAACCAUGGGUACUCGGAUUGGUCGACCUCCAACACCACCGAACGCCCGGUCGCAGUCGUGAGUCCUGCCACGACUGAACAAGUCUCCCAGAUCGCGCGUGUCUGCACCAGGUACAGAGUCCCUAUGGUCCCAUUCGGUGCAGGAUCGAGUGUCGAGGGGAACUUCUCCGCCCCGCAUUCCGGCAUCUGCAUCGACCUAUCCCGCAUGAACCAAGUGGUCGCGGUGUAUGAGCAGGACAUGAACGUCACGGUCCAGGCCGGGGUGCGAUGGGUGGACCUGAACGAUCAACUCCAAUCGACCGGCCUGUUCCUGCCCAUGGACCCCGGUCCAACCGCCUACAUCGGGGGCAUGAUCGCCACGAACUGCAGUGGGACCAACGCCAUGCGAUACGGUACCAUGAAGGACUGGGUGGUCAAUCUUACCGUCGUGCUUCCCAAUGGGUCCGUGAUAAAGACCAAGCGACGUCCGCGCAAGUCCUCGGCGGGGUACAACCUGAAUGCGCUGUUCACGGGGUCCGAGGGCACGCUGGGCAUCAUCACGGAGGCCACGCUCAAGCUGGCAGUGAUUCCGCAAGAGACGAGUGUGGGGAUUGCCACAUUCCCGACCGUAGGAGAUGCAACGGCGGCCGCAUCGAAGCUGAUCCGGGCGGCGGUACCCUUGGCGGCGCUGGAGUUUAUGGACGAUGUCCAAAUGAGGAUCAUCAACCAGAAUGGUGGCGCGGGCGGGAGGUACUGGGUUGAAGCCCCAACGCUGUUUUUGAAAUUCUCUGGCACCACGGCUGGAAUCAAUGAGAGCAUCGACCGAACCCGGGAGAUUCUCAAGAACAACAAAGGGGACGAGUUGGUGUUCGCAUCAAGCACGGAGGAAGGGGACAAUCUCUGGUCUGCCAGGAAGCAGGCCUUGUGGACGACCUUAGCGGCGAGGCCACCGGGCACGGAGAUCUGGUCUACCGAUGUUGCGGUGCCGAUCUCACGUCUGGCCGAGAUCGUUGAGAUGUCAAAGGAGGAGUCCAGUAGCCUUGGACUUUUCUCCACAGUAUUGGGGCACGUUGGCGAUGGCAACUUCCACCAGGCUGUAAUGUACAAUCCCAAGAGCCCUGAGCAGUAUCGAGCUGUGAAGGCAUGUGUCUCAAGAAUGAUGCAGCGGGCGCUCGAGAUGGAAGGCACAGUUUCUGGCGAGCACGGCAUUGGGAUCGGGAAAAAGGACUACCUUGAAGAGGAAUUAGGAGAACCCACAGUGGAUCUCAUGAGGACAUUGAAGCGCAGCGUGGAUCCUUAUUGGCUCAUGAAUCCUGGCAAGGUUUUCAAAGAGAAAUGACAUGAGUAUUUGCCCUGAGAUCUCAACAGUUCACACGAUCAGCAUGUUGAUCAUCCUUGGUCUUCCAGGCAACGGGCAAUUGCCCCUAAUUGCAACACACUACUGCCGACGCGGGUCAUCAAGUCCACCUCCGACGUGGGCAUGCAAUAUGAAAUUCGCACAUGACGA